CUUCGUUCCUUCUUUCGCCAUUUUCACAAUUUUCGAGCGGCAUUUUUUGUUAAUUGUUCAUUGAAAAAAACGUUUAACCAACUUUUAGCUGCUUACACUAGUGAAAAACUUUGCGACUUAUAUUCAAGUACGCCGAUAAUCAUCCGCAGAACUAAAUAACUUCAAUACCCCACCGAAAUGGCGACUACAAAAAUAUUUGUGGGAAGCCUUCCGCCAGGCACGAAACCCGAGGAACUACGUCAUCUCUUUGAAGAUUAUGGUGUUGUUGUAGAAUGCGAUGUUAUGAAUCGGUGUGGUUUUGUACACAUGGAGACGAAAGAAAUGGCUAACACUGCUAUAGCGGCACUAAAUGCUACCGAAUUCAAAGGACAAAUGAUUGUAGUAGAGCUGGGUAGGCCAAAGGAUAAAAAACCUGGCGCUGUAGGUGGCGGAAACAAAGCACAAGGUGGACGCGGUGGAAAUCUGGGAUCUAGAGGAGGAGGCCGGGGAGGUUCAGCACGUGGUGGCGGAGGAAGGGGCGGCGGACCUGGAAACCGUGGUGGGGCUUCAGGUGGGAGAGGUGGGGGUAUGAUGGGCUCUGCCGGCGGUAGACCGAAUUUCGGUGGACAGAAAAAUAAAUUCGGCGGUCAAGGUGGUGGACCAAUCCGCAAUGAGCAGUUCAAGCAGCAACGUAACAUGCCUUACCAAAGAAGAAAUCCUCAAGAUGGAGUGGGUGGUAAUGGAAAAUUUGGAGGCACUCAAAGGGGAAACUUUAAUGACGGUGGUGCUGGAGGAUCUCGAGCGUUUGGCCGAGGUGGUGGCGACGGAGGCCAGCAACAAAAUUUCCCUAAUUGGGAAGGGCAACAGAUUGAGGGCAAUGGACAUUUCGGUGGAAUGGGUAAUUUCAACGAUAAUGAUGGUUUUGGUAAUAAUUUUGGAGGCAAUAUGGCGGGUAAUGCAAGCGCAGGCUUUGGAGGUAAUAAGGGCGCUGGAGGCCAGGAUAGACGAGGUUUUGCGUUGCCUACAGGCGGACGCGGUGGUGGACAAAGAUUUGGCGGUGGAAACCCUGGAGGCGCCUUUGGCGGAGGGGGAAUGCAAAACAAUGGCGUUCCACAAAACAACAUUGAAAGCCUCUUCAGUAGGAGGAACAACAACGGCCCAAAUAUACCUGGAAAUAAUAUGCCGGCGCAGGGCGGAUUUCAAGGCGGCUUUGGCAACAAUCGCCCUGGUGGACCACCAAAUGCAGGUGGACGCGGCGGAUUUAGACGUGGUGGUGGUGGUGGUGGGGGCAUGGGUGGAAGCGGUAAUGAAGGUUUUUCUGCGCCAACCAAUUACAACAGUAAUUUCCCACCUCUUGGCACACAAGGUGGUGGUGGCCGUGGCGGAGGUCGCGGAGGUGGGGCCGGUGGACGUGGUGGCCGAGGUGGCGGAAUGCAGCGCAAUGGCCCUCGUCAAAAUAUGAUGCCCAAUCAACAACGCUUUUGAAAAACUGUUAAACAACUUAAAUUAAUGCGAGUACACCAAUGCGUUAAUCUUGAGUAGACAGUGUGGAAUGUGUGUGUGUGUUUCUGUUAUGAUAACGAAAUUAUAACGAAGCAUAACGAAACGUCCGAAUGCGAAAACUUUGAUGCGCAAAGUUCAAAAGCAAACCACACAUAAUUUAGUUAUUAAUGCGAAAUCAAACAAACUAUUGCAAUUUUAUAAUAACUUAAAACAAAAAGCUAGUUUAUAAGCAGCACCAUAGUAUGCCGACAUUACGUCGCAAAUAUUACCAAUCAAGUGUAAAAUAAAAAUUCUAAAUAUUAAAAAAAAAAAAAAAAAAUAACAAAGUGAAUUAGGAAAAUGACAAGUUUACAGACAACUGUGAAGGCUUUUUUAAUCCUGUGUUUAAUAAAUAGUGGUAAAUUUCAUAAGAAUUUUAGCCGAAACCUACUCCCAACUACAUUGUAUAAUGUACAAUAAUUUAUAUUAUGUAGAUAUAAGAUUUUGUGUGCAAGGAGUUGCCUACCGGCGCAACUCGCCCGCAUGAACUACUUUUAGUGUCAAUUCACUUUCCUGAUCAAAAUUAAAGUUUUGUAUUAUAAACCAAUGCAAUCAAAAUGAGUAUGUAAUAUUUAAUAUGUUUAAUAAUUUUGAGCUUAUGUAUUUAAUUUUCCCUUGACUUAUUAUUUGAUUGUAUUUGCAGUUUGUUUGAAUACCUUUUUGGAAUUUCGCUUGUCUUACAAAUACGUUAAUUGUCCGAAUCGAAAUUAACCGAACCCAAUGUACAAUGAUCUAAAUCAGCAACUGACAAUUAAAAUAAUAUUACAAAAUAUAAUAAUGUACGAGAAUAUUCAAUACAUACGCAAGUAUUUGGUUAACUUUUUAAUUGCAUAAUAGACUUAACCCAUAAAUACUGUCAAACCCUAAUCAACGCGCGGUUGAUUUCAGAACUUAAUAAAAAAAA